AUGGAUAAUAAAAGUGAUUGGCGGCCCGGUCCAACUGUGUGUCGGUGUUGCUUAUCUGAAGGGUGUUAUAAAGACAUUUCUACUGAAUACUUCUGGAUGGGGAAGAAAGAAGUAUAUGCAGAUAUGCUAUCAGAAACCUUGGACCUAACUAUUCAAUAUGCACAAACGGGAGGUCCUAAUAGCCAUAGUAGAUUAAUUUGUGAGCCAUGUAUCUCAAGGCUUCGAGAUGCCUCCGACUUCAAGCGACAGGUUAAGGAAUGUGAACAGACCUUUAUGCAGUAUCUGAACCCUAGUACCUCUAUUAAUACAACAGUUCCAGCUAACUUUCCGGAAAAGGAAGAACUGAAAAUUGAAGUGGUGAAGCAGGAGUUGCCCCUAAGUGAUGAUGAUGUAGCUGAUACAGGAUAUGCUGACGAUGAUGAUGAUCUCGACGACGAACCUCUUAUGAACUUAGCAUCGAAGACACCUAAAAAGGAAAGUGUGGAUGUAAUGGAAUUACUAGAUAUAACAAAAGCACCAAAACGCAAAGCUACAGCUAAAAGUAAAACCACACCAGCUAAGAAAACGAAGCUAAAAGUCGACAAACCAUCAGCGAGCAAGCCUAAACCGGAGAAAAAGAAGAAAGCGGAAACAGAAGACCCUGUACGGAAUAACGCGGAAAUUUUAUUGCGCCGCACGACUGCCCACCCGUUCAGGGUUAACAAUAAGUGUAUACUGUGCGUCUAUUGCCAGGACCUUUUCGAAGACCCGGACGUCUUCCGGUCUCAUAUGAACGAGGAGCACGAUACGUUCAGCGCUAGAGUGGUCUUCCACAAUUUGCCCAAAGUCGAAUUCGUUAAGGCCGAUCUAACGGAUUUGCGUUGUCGCUUGUGUUCGGAAAAAUUUGACGCCAUCGAAACUGUCGCGAAACAUUUGGUUUCCGUUCACAAGGAGCCGUUGGAUUUCGACGUCAAACUCGGCGUGAUGCCGUAUAAAUUGAAGAAGGACGUUUACAUGUGUGCCGUCUGCUCGAAGACUGUUCCCUCAAUCUUCCAUUUGAACCGACACACGAUCACCCAUUUCCUCACCUACGUCUGCCACGUCUGCGGUAAGAGUUACAUCGCCACCACGGGCCUCCUACGCCACCUUCGCUCCAAACACCAGCAGUACGAAGUGCCCUGCAGGAGGUGCGGGAAGAUAUUCCCAAAUAUGGAAGCGAAGGACCGUCAUCAUAGAACUGAGAAGUCAUGUAUGCUUUACAGCUGUUACAAGUGCCGAGAGCGGUUUCACGGCUUCAAAGCCCGGCAGAGGCACAUGGAACUAGAACACGGUGUAAAUAAAAGGACGGAUCGUUGCGCUGAUUGCAAUAUGACGUUCACGUCCGGGUCGGCGUAUUACGAGCACUUUAAGCUACACCAUUCUGGGGAUUGCGCUGUGUGUAAACAUUGUGGCUUGAAAUUUGCGACGCGGUACCGAUUGCAACGGCAUAUGAAAUUCGCGAAUUGGCUUGUCGUGGCGCGUCACAACGCGAGGGUAGUCUUGAAAUAUACGACGGCGUAUCCGUUCAGGAUACCCCACCUGGCGAUGGUCUGUGUCUACUGCUGUGAUAGUUUCGAAACUUCACAGGAUUACCGCAAUCAUAUAAGCUCAGAGCACGCCACGUUCAAUAUAAAUACAGCCUUCGCUCACAUAAACACGAACUACACGGAGUACAUCAAAGCCGAUUGUACCGACUUGCGGUGCAGGCUUUGCGCAACGCCGCUUGACACUCUCGUCGAAGCAGCGAAACACUUAGCCUCGUACCACAAUAAAGAGAUUAAAACUGACUACGAGAUUGGCAUACAAAUAUUCAAAUUCGACCAUAAGAGUUGGGAGUGCGCCCUAUGCGGUGAAAAGCAUCCCACGAUACGCGAGCUGAGUCGCCACACGAGCAAACACUACCACAAAUACACGUGUGAAACGUGCGGCAAGUCCUACGUGAACUUGGAGAGUCUGAAGAAACAUAGGAAGUUCUCGCAUACGGACGAGAAGAUUUGCGUGCGCUGCAAAGAGAUAUUUGCCAAUACUGGGGCCAGACGGGAGCACAUGCUGUCCUCGGAGAAAUGUUGGCCGUUUCGUUGUUCCACUUGCGGCCUUCGCUUUAUCAAGAGGAGGGACAAGUGUGAGCACAAUAUAGAGGUGCACGGCCAAGCGCGGAAGGAGUACAAGUGCCCCGAGUGCCCCAUGGUCUUCGAUAAAUGGGGGCCGUACAGGGCCCACUUUAUUCUGACUCACACGGAUAAAGUCUUCGCCUGCUCCUAUUGUGAUCUACAGUUUGACAAUAAGAGUUCCCUCCAAGAGCAUAUCGUGUCACACACUAAAGAGAAGCUGUUCGCCUGUUCUGUGUGCAGCAAAAUGUUUUCGCGGAAAAAGAAUCUGAUACAGCACAGUUGGAUUCAUAGUGAGGUGAAGAGGUUUGAAUGCAAACUGUGCGUGAAGCAAUUCAACCAACGAGUCAGUUGGAAGACUCACAUGAAAUCGCAUCACCCCGACUUAGUUGACUUUAAAUAG